AUGGAGCAACGUCAAGAACUCUGUGACUCACUCAAAGGACAGUGUGCUGGUCUACCUAAUCUCUACUCCUUGUUCCCAGACUGGUCACCAGAGUUGCAUCCAGAAUAUUCAAGGGCCCGGGAUGAUUCUACUAACCCGUGGAUCAAACGCUUUGCCAAAAACCCAGUAGUUUGUCGGAAGCUUCAGGAAGCGGAUUUCACGACAUUCGCCGCAGUUAUGUGCGCAAAAUCAUCCUUUGAACAACUCUGUACGGUGGCAAAGUGGUUUACCUGGUACGAGUACUUCAUAUGGGAUGAUCUGACGCGCAAGGUUCUGUUAGCGGCGAUGAUAGAUUAUGUGUCGAGUGUUGAUGGGGUGGAUUCGAUCUACUCAGAGGGUGACAUUCCAUCAGUACAGCAGUACUGGCGCCGACGAGACCGCACAGCUGGCGUCCAUCCAGUUAUCGCAACUAUUCCCUUUAUCUAUGACUUUGAUAUCUCAGCGCGGGAUAUGGAUGAUACGCAUAUGAAAUUACUCCGGAGACAUACAUCGUACCUUGUCCACAUACAGAAUGACAUGUUUUCGCUGAGAAAGGAGGUGAGAGUUGGACAAGUCGAGAACCUUGUUCCAAUAAUUAUGCUGAACGAGGAUCUGAGAGCCAGCCAGGCAAUGAAAGUUGCCUUCAUGUUCGCUCAAGAAUCAGCAAGGGGCUUCGAUGAAGUGGUUGAUGAGAUGCGGCAGACUGCCAAGGGAAGACGCCGCGCUGUCGCAGACAUUUUCAUCGAAGGCUGCAGAAACAUCGUCAUGGGGCUCACCCAUUGGAGCUACACCGGAGAGCGUUAUUUCCGAGCUGGUGAGGCGGAUGAAAACCACACCAUAUAUUUCGAACUGUAG